AUGGUGAUCGGCGUUCCAAGUCAAGAUAUUAGUCUCCAAAAGAGCAAACUCCGGAGAAGUACCAUAGAAAGGGAGCAACGUGACCGGCAUUCUGAAUCAGAGGAUACCAAAUCAGAUCGUGGACGUUCGCGCUCGCGAUCUGGUAAGGACCCUAAGCGUGAGAGAGACAACUUACGCCCACGUAGUCGUGAGCGUGGGCACGGCAAGAGCCGAGCGAGCCGUGGCGGAAGCUGUGCGUAUUCCGAGCCGUCGGAAUCUGAGGGUGACCUGUAUUGUACAGUUUGCCACUCGGCAAAUCACACCAGAAGACUGCCCCUGGUUUCGGGGGGUCAGGGUGCAGCGUCAAAGAAGAA